AUGUCAUAUCUAGACCGUACUCGCCUCAAUACUCACGGCUGAAUCCAGGACCUAACACCCCAAAAUAUUGUCCACAAUCACCCAAUUUCCAUCGUCAUGCAUGGUUUAUUCUCUAAUGCGGACGUGGUCCGUGACAUACUGGACUUACUACCCAAGACUUCCUUGACGGCAUUGGCCAGCACCUGCAAGGUUUUCAGCGACCCCGCUCUGGACCGUUUAUGGCAUACGAUGCAAUCUCUGAUACCGCUGUGCCAAUGCCUGCCCUCGCGCUUGUGUAACUUUUUGCCCGACCGCGGCCUGACAUAUGUCGAAACUCCGAUAACGACAGAUGACCGUGCGCGCUUCGAUAUCCACGCCGCGAGGAUCAAGGUGGUGGACUUGCAGAAGGGGGCUGAGCCCAUGAAGGAAGUGUCUCGACUGCUGCAAGGGCUCCUGGUCAGCCUUCCCCCUGGACGGCGCUUGCUCCCGAACCUGCAAGACAUUCGCAUACACCUCCUAUCGACCGAGUCGCAUGAUGGGGACGAUAUGCCAUUCCUUAUCUAUGUCCUUGCCCUCUUGAGCCCAAGCAUCGUUCGCUUUAGCGCAUUCCCAGGGUCGGCCCCACGUACGACCCUCAUGCUCGGAUAUAUGCAGCUCUUAUGUCCCGACGUCCAAGAGCUAUGUAUCACCGAGCUUCGCUGCGAUGUCUCGUCGAUGCUCGCUUGCUUUCACGCCUUGAAGGUCGUAAAUCUUUGUUCGUCGGGAGUGGAAAAAGAGGUACUCGCGGGAGAUUCUCUUAAGGCGUUCGGGACACUUCCUUGCUUACACAGCUUCUCGACGAACUUCAAGUUCGCUGCUGCAUCAUAUAAAACCCACUUUCCCCUCCAAUCCAAUUACUUCCCUGCUCUUGAGACCUUGGUUAUGCACGAUGUGACAGACGUCCUGGCUUUCGGAACCUUCAUGCAAGACAUAUGUUCGACAAGCCCCCGCCUCGCGACCAUCGAAGUCAGAUAUACGCUGCAUGGUGAGAAGUCGAUGCACGGCAGCCAAGUCAGUUCCCUGGCAAGAGGCCUCUCUGCACAUACUUCAUUAGAACAUGUCAAACUGUUCUGCUUAUCUCUGCGGCCCCGCGUCGAAGUGGAGGACUUGAACGACCUGGACGCUCUAACGAGACUACGAACCAUCAAUCUUAUCAACGUUUUACCGCCCAGGAGUGUCACGGAUACAUCAGUCAACGACAUCACUCGUAUGUGGUCAAACCUGGAAGUGCUCACUGUAUACAUCACCAGCGGGGAAGAUUCAAAAUGCACAUUGGCCGCCUUGAGCAAGCUUGCUACGAACUGUCCUCGCUUAUACUUCGUACGCCUUCCAAUCAACUACGCCUCUGUACCCCCCAUUUUGGAGGAUGCGCCCUUGCUACCUCGAAGGGAAAACACACUCCAAUUACUAAUCCGGCCACCCGCAAACAUCGAGGAGAACCAAGAACUAUCCAUAGCAGAGUAUCUUUCUGCGGUGUAUCCGAACAUCAAUUUGCAUAUUGCGGAGUCUACAUUAGAUUCGUCAACAGUCCAGUCUUGGGAGAACGUCAAGCUGCGGAUUGCGCUGUUGGAGAAAGUAAGGAGUCUUGAGAGACGUAGGAUCCGCGAGACUUCCGCAGAAUAAUGACUGUCUCCAUGUAUUGCCUUCAUGAUCUGAAUUUAGGAAAAUUUUCUUUACUCUUGUCAACUAGUUUCUUUGACUCCUAGGAGUAUUGUAUUAUAAU